UACUCUUUCAUAAAUUCUUUUUCAAAUAUGAUGUUAACGUUUCAAUUAAAAUGAAAUAAUUCCUCAAAAGUGUAUAAUAUUGAGUAUAUUUUUGAAAUAAGUGUUCCAAUUUUCUUUUAUAGAAAUAAAAAAGUAAAAAAAAAAAAAAAAUGUCCAAAAAAAAAAUGUUAAUAUCAUUUGCAGUAUCUUGGAGAUCCUCUAUAUUUCCUCUUUCUCGGGACACACCAUAUAAGCCCCCUCCACCCACUCUAAAUCAUCGAAGUGCUCUCUCUCUCAUCAAUGGCGCUUCGAAGGACAUUAGCGAAGCGUCUAUUGAGCGAGAAAAGAGAGACAUCAUCUACAGUCGUAACUCUACAACAUUCACCCAUUUCAAACCUGAAAACCCUAGUCCCUCCAAAUGCGGCCAGAACAAGCUUCCACCGUGAGUUCCUCACCUCGCCGGAUUCCGCCGACACCGGCUUCUUCCGCCGCUUCCUCCAACGGAGAGGGAUGAAUCAGGCGACCAGGCUCCCGGAUUUCCUCUCCGUUCCGAUCGGAGACAAGCUGAGUGAGAGAUUGAAGUCCAUGAACAUCAACGGCGACCACCUCCGGCUCGACGGACUGAGUCCUCCUCCUCCUCCUCCGGCGACGGCGGAUUCCGAAUCUCUCGACGGCAUAUCCGUUCUCGAUGCGAGGAAGAUUCUGAGGGUUUCGCUGCUAGAGAAGCUGAGAACGAAGCUGAGACAGAUUCCGGUGAACUCGAUUUCGUACUCCGAGUUCGUUCGCGUGUGCGUCGACGGUUGCUCCAAUCACGAACAAGGUCUAGAGUUCGCGAAGACGUUGGAUGAGUCCGGAAACGUCAUCGUUUUGGGAAACGUCGUGUUUCUCCGGCCAGAUCAGGUUGCAAAAUCAAUGGAGACGAUAAUCUAUCAGUCCAUUGCAAGUCCAAACGAUCCGAGAAGAAAGGAGCUGGAACAGAUGGAGGAGCAAAAGGCAACGAUAGACCGAAAAGCGGAGUCACUGGUGCGUGGCGAACUCUACUGUGGGCUGGGCUUUUUAACCCUGCAGACGUUGGGCUUCAUGAGGCUCACCUUUUGGGAACUCACUUGGGACGUGAUGGAGCCCAUUUGCUUCUUCGUCACCUCACUCCAUUUCGCCCUUGCCUACGCCUUCUUCCUCCGGACCUCCAAAGAACCCUCCUUCGAAGGGUACUUCCGACGCCGGUUCAGGACAAAACAAGAAAAGCUCAUGAAGGUUCACAACUUCAAUAUCGGAAAAUACAACAAGCUCUGCAAACUUUUUUAUCCGAACUACUACGACAAGGUUGGGCAUUUCCCGGCAUCCAAUCAUGCCGGAGGGGCGGUUUUUAAUGCCAUACAUUGUUAGUACUAGUAACUCCAAAGUUUUGGAGAGAUUAAUAUAAAAUUAGAAACUUUUUUUGACUGUAAAAACAGGAUGAUGUAUUUUGUAAGUGAUGUUGAAUUAGUAAUUUAGUAGUAUGAAUCAAAAUCUACAAUAUUGUAAGCACUUAGCACUCUAGAUAUUAUUAAUGCCAUAAUGAAAUGUUUACAGAUUAAACAAAUGAUAACGAA